AUGAAUAAUAAAUUAGUUAGUAAAGAUGCUGCUAGAAACUGUAAAAGAAAAGAAAAUAAGACAGUUAAACAACAUAAUGUGUGUCUUGCUAAAGAACGAGAUCAAAAGUACCAAAAAAGAUCAAAAGAAACUUCUGAAGAACAUAAAAAAUGUCUUGAACAUGAUUGUGAAUAUCAACAAAAAAAAUUAAAGAAGAAAAUUGCUAAGAAACAUAAAGAGCGUUUAAGACACCAUUUUCAACAAUCCUUUAUAACUGAAUUCGAUACAACUGAACUUGACAUGUAUGAAAGUAAUGAAAUUGAGCUUAUUGCAACUGAACUUAGUGAAAUUGAUCAAGAUCUUCUAAAAAAUUUUUAUAAUAAUAUGAACAAGCUUCAGCAUUUAUCUUGCUCUAUUUGUAAUGAACAUUUUCCUUCCAUCAUUCUUGUGGUAGAAAAAUGCUGUCGCUACUAUAAUAAAAAGAUUUUUCCAAACAAGUUUUUUAAUGAAAACAAUAUGGACUCAGAUGACAUUCCUAAAGAGCUUCAAGGUUUAACAGAAAUUGAAAAAAUGCUGAUUGCAAAGUCUUUACUGUAA